GUAUGAAAUUACAGUGUAUUUUUCUAAUCAAGAAGAUCACGUAAUUUUCCAAUAGAAAUUAUAGUAUUUCAAAAUAAAUUUUGACCCGUAAGUUACCCUCAAACUCAUUAGUCAACUAUUAUGAUCAGUUGUAAACAUUAAUUGCCAUCUGCGUCAUCCAAAUUCUUGUUGUGAUGAGAUGUCACGAAAUAUUUUUAUCGGGAAGAGUCAAGUUCAGAGCGUAACAUUUCAACAACGAUUUGAGAAGAGAAUAAAAAAUAUAUAUAUUACAAUAAUUUCAUGAGUUCCCUCCAUUUCGUGAUUUAGAAUAAGUUUCAUAGAAUAAGGGUUGGAUUACUUCAUACAGUGUUUAUGUUUACAAACAUCAGGAAAGUUGAUGUCAUGACUGAGGGUAACAGCCGCUUUGCUAAAUCCGUGAAACGUUCCCCGAGAACCACGGUUAAAUCAAAUGUAUUAGAAUGUCGAGUAUGCGAAGAGGUCUUCUCUACAGAAGGUGACAAAGUUCCCCGGUUACUUCAAUGCGGUCACACCGUAUGUCAUUCUUGUCUCGUUCGUCUUCAGCCUUGUAUGACAGAAGUUCAAUUUCUGUUCUGCCCAUUUGAUCGUCAGCCUACAGAAGUAACCCGUCGAGAGGGUGUUUACAGUUUAAAGAAAAACUUUGCAUUAAUUGAACUACUGGAACGUCUUGAACAAUCGAGAUGUGAAAAAUCUUCGACGCUCGAGAGGGAAAGACUUCAGUCAACACAACCUUGCGACGAAGAUGGAUCACACUUUGCGGUCAUUUACUGUACGGUAUGUUCAACACAUUUGUGUGAAGCAUGUGAUAUUUUAACGCACUCGUCAAAUACUCUGGGAAAACACAGGAGAAUACCAUUGUCUGAGAAACCAAAGGAGAAACCAAAAUGUCCAAUUCAUGCGAAUCAUAUUGCUGAAUUCACUUGCGUUCAAGAAGGCUGCGAAAACGCUCUCAUGUGUUAUCUCUGCAAAGAUUAUGGACGUCAUAGCGCUCAUAAAUUGGCUCUCGUCGAAAUUGAGGCCGAGACUUUGAGGAAAUCCAUAAUUUCAGCUCUCCAAAAUAUGACACAAUUCAUGGAAAGUAUGAGAGACACUGCACAUCGUAUUGAAGUCGUUAUUCAGGAGUUAGAAGGCUGGGCCAUCGACGAUGCUAGGCAUAGGGUCAAACAUCAUUUCGAUGAACUUAGACUGCAGCUUGCGGGGCAAGAGAAAAAUGCAUUGGCAUGUGUGGAUACUGAAAUGAAGGGCAGACUUUCUGCUUUGAGGCAACAAUUACAGGAUUUGAUGUCUACUAGAUCGCAAGUGGCUGAUGUUUGCAUCCAAUGUGAAAAUAUAUUAGACAAUGAAGAUUGGAAAUUACUGGGCGGUGCAGAGAAGGUACACGAAGUAUUGGGAUCCUUGGAGCAACAACAGCAGCAAUAUGCACAGCUUGGACCUGAUUUUCUGACUCCUGAAUCUUCAAUUCCCAUUAUCUUCAGUAGGGACAAUCGCGUUCAUAUAGGAACAAAGAUUGAUAUGAGAGUGGUGAUCUUGGGUCUCGAUGGCUCUGGAAAAACGAGUAUUCUAUCCUGUAUGAAAGGCAUCACUCUUGCGAAUCCGCCCAUUCCCACAAUUGGAUUUAAUGUAGAAAGUCUGGAGUAUGAGAAUUUGGUCAUAACUUUGUGGGAUGUCGGGGGACAGCACAAAUUUCGACCACUGUGGAAGCAUUAUUAUCAUAAUGCUCAAGCAGUAAUUUUUGUUGUGGAUGCAAGCGACAGAUCAAGAUUCGAGGAAGCGCAGAAGGAACUAUCGAAGAUUGUCAGUGAACGGCAGCUCAGGGAUGCACUUGUCCUUAUUUAUGCUAAUAAACAGGACGUGGAGGGAUGUGCAAGCAUAGAAGAACUGACGGAGAUUCUAUCCCUACAAAAAUUAUGCUGUGGCAGAGCUUGGCACAUUCAAGGUUCAUCUCCACUGACUGACGCAAGUACAUCGACCCAGGGACUUCAAUGGUUGACUCAGCAACUUGGUGCUCAUGAAGCUCUUUCCACCGCAUUUUCAAUAUUUCAAUAACUGAAGACAAGGGGUAACUAGUCAUUACCUUCGACUCUUAAAAUUGAAAGAAUAAAUUCUCAUCCAUCUAGUGGUUAUACGAUUUCCAAGUAUUUGUUUUCGAUAAUAACUGGAAAAAAAAACAAAAAAUCAAAAAAAUAUAUAA